AUGGCAAUCUCUUUGCUCUGUCUUAUCCUCAUCACCGUCGCUUCGUUAAUCUUUGUCGGCAAGAAGAUCAAACGCUCCAAAUGGAAUCUUCCUCCAAGUCCUCCACAGUUUCCGAUCAUCGGAAACCUACACCAAGUUGGAGAAUUGCCUCACAGGUCACUCCAACGUCUAGCCGAAAGAACCGGACAUGUUAUGCUUGUUCGCUUAGGUUUUGUCCCUGUAACGGUAAUCUCGUCCAAAGAAGCAGCUGAAGAAGUGCUUAAAACCCAUGACCUAGACUGUUGCACCAGGCCUAAGCUUGUCGGAUCGAAGAAAAUCUCUCAUGAUUUUAAAGAUAUCAGUUCCCCUCUUGGAUUGAGACCGUUUCACUCAUGUUUGUCCUCAUAG